AUGGCUUGCUGCCGGCCUACUGAGAUUGAAGAGCAUCUAGUACCUGCUCAACCGAUCAACUCCGCUGAACAAUUCUGGGUGGAUUAUUCAAAAUGGUUAGAAAGCAUGGGUUAUAGGUUGCGCGCGCGAUAUUGGCCCAACCAACCGCCACCCCAGCCUCUACCCUUAAUUGAGGCCUUGUUCGACGCCGAAGGAGCCUCUGUUUAUGGAUCAAUAAUCGACGCUAUACGAAUAUCUGACAAUAAGCCUGUGAUGCUUAAGGCAAUCUCACGAAUAAUCCAUCCACAAGAAGUUGAAAUUGGCCUCUAUUUCUCUAAUGAAGUCAUAGCUUCAGAUCCCCGAAACCACUGUGUCCCUAUAUACGAUGUCUUUCCAGUACCUGACAGUGAAAUGGAUAUAAUUGUAAUGCCGGUUCUGAGGCCAUUCGAUAACCCACAGUUCGAUACUAUUGGGGAAGUCAUCGCUUUUAUACAACAGUUAUUUGAGGGUAUCCAGUUCAUGCAUGAACAUCUUGUUGCCCAUGGCGAUUGCACAGGGAUGAAUAUCAUGAUGGAUGGCUCUCAAAUGUAUCCCGAAGGUUGGAACUCCCUAGAUCCAUGGCAAGCAAGAGACAACCCAUCUCACCCAGCUAAACGUACCGGGUUUCGAAUGAAAUUCUGGCCGAAAUACUAUCUGAUUGAUUUUGGCCUUUCCCAUAUGUACAGCAGCAAGAGUACGGUUCCCCCAUUGGAAAGGAUACUGAGAGGGGGUGACAAGUCAGCACCUGAACACGCACCAAAGUACAAAAGUGCAAAUCCUUUUUCGACUGAUAUAUACUACAUUGGUAACCUCAUCCGCCAAAAAUUCACUGAGCGCCGAAAUUCCAGUUAUUGUAAACAGUUCGAUUUUUUGAAACCGCUCGUCGACUCUAUGGUCCAAGAUGACCCCGUCAAACGAUCCACAAUUGACGACGUUGUUAUGCAAUUGGAUAUCGUUGUUCGAAGGCAAAGAUGGUUCAACUUUAGGGCGGCAGCAUGCAAUCUGCAUCAGUUCCAGUUGACUGAUCAAAUUUCCGCCCUUAAUCGACGAUUCACGAAGUAUCUGCUUCUGAGACAUUCCUUGCCUGUCCUGUCGCGACCUCAGAGGCGUUUGCCACCUGAACUACACUGGAUGUAUUCGGGGCCCCCAACAGAGUACCCGGAAGGUCAGGAGCGUCCCGCGUUUCUUUAUGUCCAUGAUUUAGACGAUGAUUCAUAG